AUGUCGUCAUCGGUCAGCUUCGCCGCCGAGGGGGACUUCGAGUCGCCUUACGUGAGUCCGCUCAUCCAGCCUGGCCAUCUGCUGUCCUGCGAAGAGCAUGAAGCGAUGUGCGCAGAGCAGGAGAUCCAGACGGCUGAGUGCGAUUUUGUUGCAGAUUUGGCCGGCCGACUGGGUGAGAUGCUCGCGCAGCAGCAUAUACAGACCUGCGAGCUGAUGCGGCAACGUCACGAAGAGGUCAUGCGAGCAUUCAGCGCUCAGAGCGACACGCUGGCUCGUAUGCAGACGCAGAAGAAAGUCCGUAUUCCACUGCGCCGCAAGGACUCAGAAAAAUCGAGUGGAACUUCCGCAUGUCGCUCUGGCUCUCCGCAGGUGAUCGUGUCGAGUGAGGACGUGGCCACAAUGGUCAACUACAAGCUUCGAAGCACCUCGGGGAGUAUCGGCGCUGGAACCGACUCCGACGGCUUCCCACAGGUGUCGAGUACGGGGGACGUGGUGCCUUUGAAGGCCAUCACAGAGGUCACGGAGGUAAAGCCAGAUGACGAGGACAGCGUCGUGAUGCCAAAGGAGCUGCCAGCAACCAAAAAAGUUCGCACAAUCAGUGGGCGGAAUGUCCCGAUGAAGCCAGCUCGGCCGACAUUCACACCGCAAUUGUUCAAGACCUUUUCGCAGACGGAGCUGAAGCUGCGUCGCGAUGCGCAGAAGGAGUCAAAGCGACACUCGAUGCAGACGAGGUCAGAGAGCAUGCCCACUGAGCCGCUUGAGAGCCGCUUGGUGAGGUGUGUGAAGGCGCCGGCCUUCGACGUCUUCUUCACGGCUGUAGUCCUCUCCAACUCGAUCUUCAUUGGAGUGGAGCUGCAAGUCUCGCUGUCGAACCCCGAUGGCACUCCGGUUCCCAUUGCCGUCAUCCAGUACACAUUUACCUUCUUGUUUCUGGCUGAGCUUCUUCUGAGAUGGGCGGCUGGUGGGACGAAAUUCUUCUGUGGUGAGGACUGGAUGUGGGGCUGGCUGGACCUGAUGAUUGUGCUGACCUCGCUUUGGGAGGUUGGCUUUGAGGCGUAUGCCUUCUUUGCACAAGGAACCGAAGGCGAUGGAGGCGGCCUGAAAAGUCUGACAAGUCUGAAGAUACUGCGGAUUGUACGCAUAACCCGCAUCGUGAAGGCCGCUCGGCUGAUCCGAAUCUUCCGAUUUGUGAUGGCAUUUCGGCUGCUGAUUGCCUCGAUCAUUGCCACUUUGAAGUCGCUGCUUUGGGCGCUCAUGCUUCUCGCGUUGAUCAUUUAUGUCUUCGCCAUCCUGUUGACGCAGGCGGUGCACAGCUAUAAGGCUGACACUGACAAUGUUCCUCUAUCACCAGCGGACGACGAUGCGAGUGAUCGCUAUUUCGGAUCCCUGGCGCUGACGAUGCUGAGCCUUUUCAUGAGCAUCGCCGGCGGCGUGAGCUGGGAACAGGUGUUGGCACCGCUCAGUGCGAUGUCCGAAACCUGGAUUUGGAUCUUUCUGUUCUACAUAUCGUUCACCUACUUUGCCGUGUUGAAUGUGGUUACGGCAGUUUUCUGCCAGAGUGCCAUUGAUGGUGCUCAGAACGACCACGCUUCCAAAGUGCAUGCGAUCCUGGCCAACAAGGAGGCGCACCUUGGCAAGAUCAACACCUUGUUCAGCAAGUUCGGUGCUGAAGAUGGUGUCAUCACUUUCAAGAUGUUCCAGGACAAGAUCAACUCGGUGGAAGUGCGUGAGUACUUCCAGACCUUGGGGCUCGACGUCUGGGAUGCAUGGUCUUUUUUCAAGCUCCUGGACAAGGAUUCCGGCGGCGCUGUCGAAAUUGAAGAGUUCCUCAUGGGUUGCUUGCGGCUGCGAGGUCAAGCCACAGCAAUGGAUGUCGGCAAGAUUAUCAAUGACCAACAGUGGCUUAUGAAGACGCAGGGCAAGUUCAAUGCCUACAUGGAAGUUGAGCUGAACCAGAUCAAGGACCAGCUGACGAUCCUGACCGGGGUCAACUGCCACUCCGAUGAGCACAUCGGCUGGAUCUUCGAAUCGCACCAUCUCGGUUCUGGAGUCCCGAAGGAGGUGGGAGCAGAAAUGGACGCCAGAGCGCCAGAGUCCGAAGGCUUCUUUCUGACGGAUCACAGGUCGAAAGCUUUUCUCUCCGGCUUUUUUGCAGCUCUGCGUGGUGAGUUGGCCGGCCACUUCCAGAUGGUCGUCUUUCUGCAUGGGCGCGGCGACACCGGUCACAACAUGUUGCCAGUGGUCUCCGCCCUGGCCUCCGCGAUUCCGACGGCCCGCUUUUGGCUCCCGACGGCACCCCGAAACGAGCAGGGGCGCACCUCUUGGUAUGAGACGGACAGCGCAGGACAGUUUGACCAGCGCAUCUACGAACUACGCCGUCAGCUCAUGGCGCGAGUUCAGAUGGACUGCCAGCAGCUUGGUCUACAACUGUCGCAGGUUGCUUUCGCUGGCUUUUCCCAGGGCUCCAUGAUCGCUGCCCUUGCAGGGCUCGAGGCUCCGAGCGCCUGCGCUGGCUUGGGUGUGCUGUGCGGCGGAGUUCCCUGGGACCUACAGCUCAGAGAUGCUUCGCGUGACGUGCCAAUUCUAUUCGUGGCUGGCGGCUGCGACAGGACGGUCACCGCCGAAACUACACGCAUUGCCAAGGAGAGACUUCUUGAGCUCGGCGUACGAAAAUUGCAGUACACUGAGCUGCCAGAGCUAGCGCACGAGAUCUCCAGCGAGGUUGUUGAGAUGAUGAAGGAGUUUCUGGCCGGCUGUUUGCCGUGCCAGGCUGCCCAGGACGGAGCAGCCCUGCACAUUCCUGAAGGGAUGCAGGUCCUCCUCCUCGGCACAUCAGGCGACUCUGAAAGUCGAGGAGUUGUCGAGAGUUUCGAGGAAGGUGACGAGAAGUAUUGGAUUCGGAUGCCGAGCGGCGAUCGAAAGCUUCUCCACCCGUCGGGCUUCGUUCAAGGCCUGCAAGUGCAGUUGCUUCCAGCAGGCUUCGGCGAGAGCCCAGGCACCAUGGCCAGCUUGCUUGACCUGGAGCUUGGGGCAGACGGAGGAGCCAGUGCAUACCUCGUGCAGGAAUGUCCUGGCGAUGGUGUAGAUGCAGCGGGACCUGUUCUUCGCGUAAGUCCGCACAGGGUCCUGCUGCCCUUGGGAUGCGUUGUCCGGCUGGGCGGUUUGGACACAGGGCCUGCCAGGCUUCGGCCCUUGGCCGGGCGUCGAGCAGCGCUGCGAGGAGCUCUGGCUGAUGGCCGUCGGCUGCUGGCGGUCGAAGGUGAGUCGGCUCCCGUUCGCUUGCUUCCGCGGCAGCUGCUGCCAUGA